GUUUGGGGUUACAAUCGAAAAUUUCCCUUUAAUUUGUCUCCGUGGAGAAAUAAAAAGUAAAAACUUCGUCCCCGUCAAAUUCUGAAGAACGGCGACAAACCAGGGAACGAAAAGCGGCGGCUCGACGACGGCGAUUCUUUUUUUUCCAGAGCAGACUCAGGAGUACAAUAUUUUGAGGGGAUUUUUUUUUAUAUCAAUCAGCGAAUUUGAUUGGUGUGGAAGAUGGAGUUCUGUCCCACGUGUGGGAACUUGCUGCGUUACGACCGUUCGAGAUUCUUCUGCUCGACAUGUCCGUACAUCGCCUGCAUCGAGAGACAGGUGGAGAUAAAGAAGAAGCAACUGCUGGUUAAGAAAUCCAUAGAACCUGUCGUGACGAAAGAGGAUAUACCAACAGGACCUGAAACUGAAGCUCCGUGCCCAAGAUGCGGCCACGACAAGGCAUACUUCAGAUCAAUGCAGAUUCGUUCAGCCGAUGAGCCAGAAUCCAGAUUUUAUAGAUGCUUGAAGUGCGAGCUUACUUGGCGCGAGGAAUGAUGAAAUGAUUUUGUCAGUAGAAGCUCAGAUCUAUCUAAACAUUAAUGUCGCUCUUUGACUAGGCGUAUGCUUCCAUUUAGUCUUUUGAGUUUUCUCUUUUUUCGACCAUUUGGCAAUGUUUGAUAGCUUUCAGAGUUAUCUCUGCCCGUCUGUCUUUUGGUUCAACUGGCAACUUGGGAUGUUCCUCAGUUCAUGAGUUUCUCUGUAAUUCAAGCAAUUUUUGAUUUUCUGGAAUGUUUAGUUUCCAUUUUCUAAUCAA